GCGCCUGAUCUCGCGAUCUCCGCGGCCGCUUACUUAUCACCCACAAUUCCCUCUUCUUUCUCUCUCCUCCAGCCGCGCAAGAUGCCUAAAGGAAAGAAGGCCAAGGGGAAGAAGGUGGCCCCGGCCCCCGCCGUCGUCAAGAAACAGGAGGCCAAAAAGGUGGUCAAUCCACUGUUCGAGAAAAGGCCCAAGAACUUCGGCAUCGGGCAGGACAUCCAGCCCAAAAGAGAUCUAACGCGCUUCGUUAAGUGGCCCCGAUACAUCAGGCUGCAGCGGCAAAGAGCCAUCCUCUACAAGCGGCUCAAAGUACCUCCCGCCAUUAACCAGUUCACCCAGGCCCUGGACAGGCAAACAGGUGAGGCUCUGUGCCACAGCCAGUUUGGGGUUUCCGGAGGUUGAAGCUGGUCGUGAGUUUGCCCUUAUUGCAGUAUGUAGCUGCCUUAAAACGGCUAAAGAGAUACAGGUGGAAGGGGGGGGGUCCCAGUCCCUCCACUGGAAACAGGGUGUGGUGGGGAAGCAACUGAGGAAGGUGCCCAGGGUUGAUCUGCUUCUUAUCUGGGUACAGUAGGGUAGUUUUGUGGGGCGUUGUUGGGGAAUCAGGGUCUGGAGUUGUGGAGCUCAGUAUGUAGACAAGUUGGGCUUUGCGAUUGCCGCCUCUGUCUCCCAGAUGCUGGGAAUAAAGGCAUGAGCCGUGGUCCGAACAUCAUUAACAUAAUCUUUCGAUGCCACGUUAGAAUUGGGCUUUGCCGAGUAGCCCCAGACUCGGGAAGCUGCUUAGCCGGGCGGUGGUGGCACACGCCUUUAAUCUCAUAAUCCCA